UCAGUAAGAGAGUGGAGAAGUGGAACCAACCAAACCCGUAAUUCUUCCCCCUCCUAUCCUAUCCUCUCUCUCCCUUUCCAACGUCGGCAGGUUUGGUCCGGGCCCGUUUGGCAUUCCAAAUCAUUGAUUAAAAGGCAGAAUUUAGAUUUGAACUGUGCUUCGUUUUGUUUUGUUUUGUUUUCUCACUUCUCUUUAACAAUGGCAGCAGCACAUUUUAGCAUUGGAGGAGGAGGAGGACUCAAGAACACCACCAAGCUUAUAGAGAAGAUGACAUGGUUCUUACUCUUACUUCUUCUCCUCCUUCUUCAUCAACCAGUACCAUCCUUUUCUAAGAACCAUCGUCACCUUCGCAAGCAAAUGCGCCACUUCAACAAACCCGCCAUUAAAUCCAUCAAGAGUCCAGAUGGAGAUAUAAUAGAUUGUAUCCGUAUAUCCCAUCAACCUGCUUUCGAUCAUCCUCUCUUCCAGAACCAUACAAUUCAGAUGAGACCAAGUUAUAAUCCGGAAGGGUUGUUGUUUGAUACGAACAAGUUGUCGUCAAUUGGGAGGAAAUCUAGACCUAUGAUGAGUCAAUUAUGGCAUACCAAAGGGAAGAAAUGUCCACAAGGGACUAUUCCAGUAAGAAGAACUAAAGUUGAUGAUGUUUUGAGAGCAGGCUCUGUUAAACAUUAUGGGAAGAAGAAGAACAACAAACACUCCACUGUCUUCGUCCCUCAAUCUUCUGAACCUGAUCUCAUCACACAAAGUGGUCACCAGCAUGCAAUAGCAUAUGUUGAAGGAGACAAGUACUAUGGAGCAAAGGCAACAAUCAAUGUAUGGGAGCCACAAAUUCAGGAAACAAAUGAGUUCAGUUUAUCUCAGAUAUGGAUUCUAGGAGGUUCUUUUGCAUCUGAUCUCAACAGUAUUGAAGCUGGCUGGCAGGUCAGCCCUGACUUAUAUGGAGAUAACAACACGAGAUUAUUCACAUACUGGACUAGUGAUGCCUAUCAAGCUACUGGAUGCUACAAUCUCCUUUGUUCAGGAUUUAUUCAAGUCAAUAAUGAAAUAGCAAUGGGUGCCAGCAUUUCCCCAAUUUCUAGUUACCAUGGAUCUCAGUAUGAUAUUAGCAUACUUAUCUGGAAGGACCCGAAAGAAGGAGACUGGUGGAUGCAAUUUGGAGAUGGGUAUGUAUUGGGAUACUGGCCAGCAUUCUUGUUUUCUUAUCUAUCAGACAGUGCAUCAAUGGUAGAGUGGGGAGGGGAAGUGGUGAAUACAGCAGAAGAUGGGCAGCACACCACCACUCAUAUGGGAAGUGGUCAUUUCCCAAAUGAAGGAUUUAAGAAAGCUAGCUACUUCAGAAAUAUUCAAAUUGUAGAUGGGUCCAACAAUCUCCGACCUCCCAAAGAAAUUGGAACCUUCAUGGAGCAAUCCAAUUGCUACAAUGUUCAACUGGGCAGGAAUGACGAUUGGGGUAACUACUUCUAUUAUGGUGGUCCUGGUAGAAACCCUAAUUGCCCAUAACACAUGAUCAAAGUCAGAAAGAAAGAAGUGUUUGUUCAUAUUAUUCAAAUUCUCUUUGUAUACUUCUUUCCUCUAGGCUUGGUUAGCCUUUUUUAGCAUGUGAGUUGUCUUGGUGGGCUAUGGCUUUUCUUGAGAAAGUGGGAGUGGAUAAGCUUCUUGAAAGUCAAGGAACAUCCACUUUCUUUUUGCCCCAUAUUAUUGUGUAUUAGUAGCAAUAUUCAUUAUCAUGCUCCUGACUUAGGAGCAGGAGGCUAGUUUAUUUAUUAAAUUCUGCAUUUUAGUGUGAAAUAAAAUUUGUUAUUUAAAACUA